AUGGAGCCAAUGCGUUGUUUAAAAACGCCUGAUUUGGAUGAUGACGAACGUGAAUUUGCUUUAGAUUACUGUCAGUCAAAGAAUACCUACUAUGUUCCGCCGGAGCAAAAUAUUCCUUGGUCAAAUGAGGGGCGAAGAGAACGUCAAAUUGGAUACUAUCAUUGGGUGCCUAUCAUGUUAUUCCUCCAAUCAAUGCUUUUUAUGUUGCCGAACUUUUUAUGGAAUGGAUUUCACCAGCAUAGCGGUAUCGAAUUCAUCAAAUUUCUCAAAGAGUGCAACAGAUUAAAGAAGAUGAAGUUAAAUGAUGCUGAAAGGCCAACUCUUUUGAGAACUCUGGGGGAAAGAAUCGGAGAGACUGUUAUAAAUCGAAAAAAUUAUUUUCGUUCAAAAAUUCCUGCUUUUUCUAUCGGCUCUGGUUCUUUUGUUACGUGUUUGUAUAUAUUUAUCAAAUUGCUAUAUUUGCUCAACGUCUUUGUUCAAUUUUGUCUUCUUAACUUUUUUAUUGGCCACAAUUAUAGCUGGUGGGGAUUUGAUGUUUUGAGAUCUUUAGUUACUGGAUUCCCCAACAUUUCCACGUUUAACGCUUUGUGA